GAAAUAAGCUCAAGAAGAAGUAUGGAUAGACCGCUGCUCGGUCCGACCUGUGUUGGCUCUCCGUCGUUUUGGGGACACAGUCACACAAGACACGACUUCACGGCUCUCGUCCACUUCUAACAUGGAUGGCUUCUCUGCUACUUCGUCCUCUUCUCGUCGCGAACCCGCCAUGUCUCAUUUCUCUUUUCCUGUCUAACUUAUUUUCUCGACUACCCACUUUCAGAUUUUGCUUCAGGGCAUGUUCAUCCUUGCCUUUAUUCCUUGACAACCAUGAAGGCGAUCACCCGAACCCUGUACGAGGACCCACUGAUUUUACCAUUUGCACUUCUCUCUUGGACGACUGCGCCAACCUGAGGGAUUUGACUCAAGCUCAGAGCUGGAUUCUGAAGUUGGGGUUGCAGCAGAGCAAUUUCAUCACCACCAAAUUUGUGCACGUUUGCUGUGAGUUUGGUGAGAUUCGUCACGCUUGCGAUGUGUUCGACGAAAUGUCUGAACGGAACGUUUUCCUUUGGAAUGCGAUAAUUAGAGGGCAUUCUCGGAGCGACCUGUUGGAGGGUGCACUUGGAUUGUAUUGUAGAAUGCAAAGUGAAGGUGUCCUGCCUGAUGGUUUCACUUUUCCUCAUGUUCUCAAAGCUUGCAGCGGCCUGGGGAAUGCUAGAAAGGGCAGAGAAAUUCAUGCGCAGAUUUUCAGGCUUGGGUUCGAAUCGGAUGUCUUCGUGCAGAAUGGUCUUAUAACCAUGUACUCAAAAUGUGGUUGGGUUGAUCAUGCUCGGAGUUUGUUUGAUAAGUUGCAGGAUAGAACCAUCGUGUCGUGGACCUCGAUUAUUUCCGGUUAUGCGCAGAAUGGUCACCCAGUUGAGGCCCUGCAAAUCUUCAGAAAAAUGCAAUGUUCCAAAAUGGAGCCUGAUUGCAUUGCCCUUGUCAGCAUUCUGAGGGCAUACACCGAUGUGGAGGGCCUCCAACAAGGAAAAUCUAUUCAUGGUUAUGUGAUUAAAGGCGGGUUCGAAUCUGAAGUAGACAUUUUGAUAUCCUUGACUGCAAUGUACGCCAAAUGUGGGGAAGUAGAGACUGCAAGGAGCUUGUUUGAUAGGGUCACGUCCCCUGGAAUAAUUCUAUGGAACGCCAUGAUUUCUGGAUAUGCAAAGAAUGGCUACGCUAGUGAAGCUGUUGAGCUAUUCCGGGAAUUGCUUCCUUUACAAGUUAGACCCGAUUCAGUAACUGUACGUGCUGCUAUACUAGCUUGUGCUCAGGUGGGUUCCGUGGAAUUGUGUAGGUGGAUCGGUGAUUAUGUUAGAGGCAGUGAACAUAGAGCCGAUAUCUUCGUGAAUACGGCUCUGAUUGAUAUGUACGCAAAGUGCGGAAGCAUAGCUGAAGCUCGCCGAGUGUUCGACAUGGUGCCGGUGAAGGAUGUAGUGGUUUGGACGGCCAUGAUCAUGGGGUACGGUUUGCAUGGCCAUGGUCAGGAUGCCCUUGCUCUUUACGAAGAGAUGAAGCGGGCAGGAAUGAAGCCGAAUGAUGUAACGUUCGUCGGCAUUCUCUCAGCUUGCAACCAUUCUGGACUUGUUGAUGAGGGAUGGCGGUACUUCCACAGCAUGAAGAGAGGCUAUGGAAUUGAGCCUAGGCAUCAGCAUUAUGCGUGCGUGGUCGACCUUCUCGGUCGGGGAGGAUACUUGGAUGAGGCUUAUGAAUUUAUCAAGAAGAUGCCAAUGGAACCUGCUGUCACUGUGUGGGGAGCUCUCCUGAGUGCUUGCAAGAUCUACGGGCAUGUGGAACUAGGGCAAUAUGCAGCAGAACGUGUUUUUGCCGUUGAUCCAACAAAUGCAGGACACUAUGUGCAACUGUCAAACCUCUACGCUGCAGCUGGUAGGUGGGGUGAUGUAGCCAAGGUGAGGGUACUGAUGAAGGAAAGAGGAUUGGUCAAGGCACUCGGAUAUAGUUUGAUAGAGAUCAAUGGUAAGCUUCAGGCUUUCCGGGUGGGGGAUGAUUCACAUCCAAGGUCCAAGGAAAUAUUUGCAAUGCUUGAAAAGUUAGAGUCUAAAUUGAAAGAAGCUGGAUAUGUUCCUCAUGUGGACUCUGUUUUACAUGACCUGGACAAUGAAGAAAAAGAGGAGAUGCUCUGUAACCACAGUGAGAUGAUAGCAAUUGCUUUUGGUCUUAUAAGUACAGCUCCUGGAACAACACUCCGGAUCACAAAGAACCUCCGUGCUUGUAUUAACUGCCACUCUGCAACGAAGCUCAUCUCGAGAAUCGAAGAUAGAGAAAUAAUUGUUCGUGAUGCUAAUCGUUUUCACCACUUCAAAGAUGGAUCUUGUUCUUGUGGAGAUUAUUGGUAAAAGGGAUUCUUACACUGAAGUUGGUGUUCAGUUCCCACAAGGAUGCUGCUUUCUUGCAUGCUGAGUUGCGGGCGGAGGAGUUGCCUGUGGAGACUUCCAGAACAGAUUUGAAGGAUGUUGAUCAAAUUAUAUGCUGCUGUCUUUAUUCAUCCGGUCGACUCAUAAAGUUACUUUCGUCUU